AUGGAAGUGGAGGUUGACGAGAAGGAGCUGAAAGCCGCCGGAGCUGAGCCGUUGACCGACGGACGCCAUGGCCUCCGUAUCCAUGGUUGGGAAAUCGAGUCUCGCAAGCGCUCCAUUCUCAAGUCCUCCACCCUCGAACUGUGGGAGAAAAAGCUUGAGACAUAUCACAUGCCAGAAAUGGUGUUUGGGGACAGUUGUUUGGCUCUGAAACACGUUAAGAGUGGCUUUACAAUUCAUUUCAAUGCAUUUGAUGCUCUAGUUGGGUGGAAGAAGGAAGCUUUGCCACCAGUUGAAGUCCCAGCUGCUGCUCAAUGGAAAUUCCGAAGUAAACCCUCCCAGCAAAUAAUACUGGACUAUGAUUAUACAUUCACAACGCCAUACUGCGGAAGCGAAACUGUUAAGUUUGAUGCAGACAAGCUUGAAGGAGGAGAGAUCUCUAAGGAUACCUGCAAUCUCCAUUGGGAAGACUGCAACGAAAAAAUCGAUGUAGUUGCUUUGGCUUCGAAAGAGCCUAUUCUCUUUUAUGAUGAGGUGGUCUUGUAUGAAGAUGAAUUGGCUGAUAGUGGAGUGUCACUUUUAACUGUAAAAGUGAGAGUCAUGCCAAGUUGUUGGUUUCUCCUGUUGCGAUUUUGGCUUAGAGUUGAUGGAGCGCUAAUGAGACUAAGGGACACUCGAAUGCAUUGUGCUUUUAAUGACAAUGCAAGUCCCACUAUUCUUCGAGAAAUCUGCUGGAGAGAAGCCACAUUUCAGGCUUUAUCUGCAAAGGGAUACCCUUCUGAAGAUGCUGCCUAUAAUGAUCCAAGCAUCAUCAGCCAAAGGCUUCCUGUGAUCAUGCAUAAGACCCAAAAGCUAAAGGUACCUGAUAAUGUGUAA